UUACGUUUCAUUCCAACACACACGGUACACAGCACCAAUAAUUUCUUCUCCGCUGCUGUUCUACGGGUCCCUGCCGGACCAAAACAUUUAACAUACGAUUCCACAACCCUUGAAAAAAUGCCCACAAUAUUUCCGUUGUACACGCUCACGCUCACUCACAACGUAGUAGUGGCAGCAGGUGGUGGAGGUGAUCCUCUAUUUGGUAAGAAGAACGGAAUCGUCAUAAUGGACAGUACAACAGCGAAAGAACUGAUUUUUUUCAAAACGGACGAUAUUGUCAGGUCAAUACAGGUUUACACGAGCACACAAAUCACCCUACCUGAGAAUGAUGAUGACUCAUCGGCUGAGUACUUCUCUGCCGAUGAAGUAAGCAUGGAACCACUUCCCACAAGCAUAGUAAAGGGCGUAUGUGACGGUGUGGACAACCUGGCCCUGCUGCCGCAGUGCACCAUGUAUUUAACACUGGUGGGGAUGGAGAGUUUCAGCCAUGUGAAAAUUUGUAAAGAUGAGAUGCACGUGCUAGAGCGGUACAAAGUACAGGUUGAUCAGCACACGUACUUCAAUUUCAACAUUUUUUUGGCGGAGAAGAAAAUAUUUGCGUAUAUGCCUACUGUGGCGUGGCAGAUCGACAAACGGAAGAUUAAGAACCGGCAGGAGGAGUAUUUCUACGGGCUGGGGAGGAAAGACGACAGGGUUAUGAUUGUGAGAGAGGAUGGACACACGGACGUAAACGAUAAUUGGGAGAGGUUCUUUUUAAAGAACAGGCGAAUUUACAAAAUUUUGAAGGAGGACGUGGCUGGAGACGAACAGGAUGCGAACAUGAAAGGGACUGAGAACGGAGGAGCGAGUGAAGACAGCGCUCUCAUGAAGAAGAAACGCUCUCACCAGCGCUACACGUUCGUGUUCAACCUAAAAAAGUACAAUUUCGAUGAAGAAAUCGUGUCGCCCGAGAUUGUCAACGACCACCUGGUUUUCUACCUCAAAAAGUCGUCAAAGGUGGUCUUCAUCAAAGAAGAGGUGAAGGAGGUGGAGAUGGAGAGAAUAACAUGCAUCUCCAAUCACAAACCGGACGAUGAAUGCAAUGUGUGCCAGGAAAAAGAGACGAGCAAAAAGCAAGACAGCACCAACGAGACCACUGCCAAACCUGCAAGGUGUAGAGAUUGCGUUAGGAUAACCUGCAGCCACAUCAAAAGUAGGAAGGAUUACUUUAUCACUGCGGUUGGCACAUCCUCUGGUACACUGUACAUUUUCAAGAACACCGUUCUGGUGAACAAAAUUACCCCGUGUGCCAUUCCGAUAACAAGCGUGGCCGUGAAGGACAACUUCGUGUACUACUGCUCACUCAACGGACUGAUUGACAGGCGGGUAACCGUCAAAAAGAGAGGAGUUGCCGUGUUUGUUCUGUUGUGUGUGAUGGUUGUUGGUCUAGCGCUGCUAAUUGGUUUCUACAGGACAUAUCGGUAGAUAAAGUGAUAAAUUUACAUGGAACGGGUCUUUAAGGUGUAGGGGACAGACAAGAACGCUCAUUUCGUUAACAGACGUGGAUAACACGUUCGUGGUGCAUGCACUCGUGUUCAGGUUGGUUCUUCGCGUUUAUUAACACGGGGACAAAGACAAUACCGAGAAACGUUGGCUGGUACCGAUUGCCGGCUGUUAGCUCCGUAAAUCGAGCGAUCAGUCGUAAAGCACACCAAGCGGUGGACAAAUCACCCCUGUACACGAAAGUGCAGCUUGCACUUCAUAAAAUCGUUUAGCACUAAAUCGUUGUGAAGGUCUUCGGCCAUCCUACGCACAACAUUUGCCUAUAUUUGCGCAAAGCUCCAACAUUUUCUUGUUUGAUAACAAACCGGGUUUAUUCCCUGCGAUAAACAACAGAAUAGCUUUAUUUAUUGAAUUUGUUGAUUAAACCGGACAUCACA